UAAUAUUUCUAACGGUUGUAUGCAUUGUUAGCUGGUGUGGUAGAUAUGAAUUCAACAGAAACAGAAACAUUUAUGGUGAAAUAAGAAUUUUGCACCUCCGCAAUCAAACCUAAUUCGCAAAGGUUAAAAAUAAAGCAAACAACUUUUUAAAGUGGGUGAAAAUGGUGAAAGUGCCCAAAACACCGGAUAGUUUGGCUAACGGUUAGCCUACAUUAAGCUAGCGGUAAAGCUAGCAGUUUAUGCUACAGAUAGGCUCAAAACACGUCGUCACCUGAAAAUCUUCAUACUUACUGGAUUUUAAUUCGAUGAGGUGGUGAACUGUCUUUCUCCUACACGCCAUCCAAGGCAGACCAUGGAUGUCUGCGGUGGACAAGAAAAGAGGCGCUCUGCUGGAUGGAGGCCAUGCAGAGGUGGUGUGAGGGAUCAGAUAUUGCCCAAGGGGGUCCACCAACGCAUCAUCCCCCAGCGAUGAGUAAGCUACCACCAGCGGUACCAGCGGAGAAACACUGCUGGAUGAGCAGGGAACAGUGGGAGACGACGUCAGAAAUUGCCAGAGUUAAAGUGGGAGUUGCUCAAGUGAAGGAGGCUGAGUCCAGAAGAGGAGCUCAUAAUGACUGGUUGCAAAUGAGCUAAAACUGCAUCCUGUGGGGAAAGAGUGGAGCAACUUUAGUUCACCCAAGGUUUUUAGCCUGUGGAAGCAGUGUCCAGUAGCCAUCUUCCUCAUAAUAAGAACUAAACCCCAACCUUUGCCCCUGUAAGAAAGAUAUACUGUAAAGCCCAUACAGCUUCUACAGAGAGACCUGAAGAUGGCGGAUGACAGAUGCUUUUUAGCAUCUGCCAGGAAGUACAUAUGAGACACCUCACCCAGAUCCAGCUCCUCGUACGUCGCAGACACUUCUCUGUGACCCUAAGGACCCUCUGAGGCGGUCAGGCCUGAGCGUUAGCGGAUGGUUACGUUCCGAGAUCCUGCUGCUUCCAUGGCAGCGAAACCCAUAGAGCAUGAGAGAAAGUGCAAGUGUGGCAGCAGUGUGGACACCAGGUUCUGGGAUGCUGGGAAUUAUUUAGGAGUCGCCUGAAUCCACCGGCAUCAUUUGGAUGCACGCUCUAGUGCAGCGGAUAAAACUCAAGCAGGCGUGACCUUUAAAGAGUCAACAUGACAAGUGGCGCAAAUUUGCUCAGCGUCUUGUGAUUAUUUGAGUUUGCACGAACAAGUUUGCAGUGUGGGCUCAGACUUUCUGACCCCACGUUGGUCUCUUCUAAUGUUUUGAGAGCGAGGGUCCCGGUGGUCGAACGAGUGAUCUGUGCAGCACAAACAGCAGAGAGUUGCUGAGACUCCCUUUAAAGCCCUGUGCUUCAUGUGGCAGACACCACUCAGACAUGCAGAACUAAUGGCUGGAUGAAGACAGAGGGUUCUGGUUUUCAUUUCCGUCAGUGUUGAUCCCACAGACAGUGUCCAGGCCGCGCGAAGACAGAGUGUCAUAAUGUGGACAGACAGGAUUAGUAUCAGCACUUAACAAAUGAAGAACAUCCUUCAUACUAAUCUUCUGUCUGUCAGACACCAGCGAGCCGGGGGAGGCCUCUGUUCCCUCACGCCGGAUCAGCUUACAGCGCUAAUGACACACCCACUCCAGCUUUUCAUCCCACCCUAAUGAACACAGCACAGCAACACAACAGCCCCACUGGCCUCACGUGUUUGUCUGACUGUUAGGGACAGGUUCGUUGUACGAGGACAGACACAAAUAACAAGCUAGGUUAACUUCUAUAACUUUUAUAAGGUUUUCAUGUUUUUUUACUGAUUACAGGCUUUUAGCUGCAGAGAAAAUCAAUCACAGUGUCUCAUGAGUCAUCACACAAAUUCAUGCAAAAUCAUUCACAGCAAAAUGAUGCAGUGGCAAGCAUCUAACACUCCUCCUUCUGUCACUCUGGGCUAAUAGAGCUCUCCUUCUGUCCUUCCCCCUCUUGUCUCCUGACCUUCACUAACUUGUGUUUGCCUUUUGUCCUUCCUGUGUGUUUGUGCGCUCGGCUGAGGGGAGGAUGUUGCCUCUCUGUGUCCGUGUGUUGUUUUUCCCUGCAGUAUUUUACCGUCCACUGUGUUAAUUGAUUCACGGUGCCGGUACAGUAGCAGUCGUGUGGGGAAGGCUGCUCUCAGCCACUCAGAGGAGCCUGAUUGCUGGACUCCUGAUUGGACCGGUUACACACACACACGCUGGGAGUUAAAAUCCCGGAUGGUUGUUGCUUCAACCGCCGCUGCACCUUUUUCAUUCCAGGCAAACUGCAACACAUGAAAGGCUCCAUGAUGAGGUAGAUGCUGAACUGACAAAGAGAAGCCCCGCUGACUCCUUUCCACUGCCGGUGGUGUAAUUGUGGUUUGAGUGUUUUUACCCAGAAUGAACCAGAAACACUUGAUGCAUGAGUGACACAGUGAAAGCAGAUGUUCCAGCAGAUGUGUUCAGUCGCUCUCCCCCGUUCACAGAGGGAAUCUCCACAGAACUCACAACACUUGCAAAACGUGGGUAUGUGACAACCUUGUCAGCGCUCAGAGCUCGCUGUCUGUCCAUCUCUGCUUCUCGCAGGCAGCACGACCAGAACGACCUGAGGAAGAAGCACUCAACACAAGUUGUGAGGACGGGGAAGAUGAGACCUCCCAGCCCUCUGCUGAUCCUGCUGUACAUCACGCUGUCCAAGAGUGUAAAGGUGGUCUCUAAGAGAGGCUCAGUGGACGGCUGUACAGACUGGUCAGUGGACUACCUGAAGUACCGGGUGCUGCAGGGGGAGCCGGUGCGGCUGAAGUGCGCUCUGUUCUACGGGUACAUCCGGGCCAACUACAGCCAGGCUCAGAGCGUGGGCCUCAGCCUCAUGUGGUACCGCAGCUCCGGCCUCGGCCACAGCGACUUCGAGGAGCCCAUCUCGUUCGACGGCGUCCGCAUGAGCAAGGAGGAGGACGCCAUCUGGUUUCGACCUGCUGACCUCCAGGACGUGGGCCUUUAUUCCUGCGUCUUACGGAACUCGACGUACUGCAUGAAGGUGUCCAUGUCUCUCACCGUGGCAGAAAACGACACCAACCUCUGCUACAACUCCAACAUGAGGCGAACUGAGAAGGCUGAGCUCAGCAAGAGCAAAGACAUCCUCUGCCCGGACACCGACGACUACGUGGAGCCGGGAAAGGACCUGGACAUCACCUGGUACAAGGAGUGCCGUCCGAAGCAGUGGCGCGCCAGCAUCCUCAUGAAGAGAGACAUACUGUCCAUACAGGAGGUGAAGGAAGAUGACAUUGGGAAUUACACCUGUGAAAUUCAGUUUGGUGGAUUUGUGGUCAGGAGGACGACGGAACUCACCGUCACCGGGUCCGGUCCUGUUCUGUACCCGCCUGCUGGCACAAGAUGGAGGCGGCCGCUCAGGGAAUGAGAUGCAGCGUUCUCCUCCCCUGUGGUUUGUGUGGCUCUGCCGUUUAGUUUGUUGUAGCGUUAUUUACCCAAGUUGGAGGAUGUAAUGUGCGCUUAGCGUUUCCGCCGCCUCCCCGUUAUGAGGAGUGUCAGUAGAAUUUAGGGAUGCUCCCAGCGCUCAACGUUUCUAUUUUGAUCUAGAGCAGUUUGUUUGUGUUUGUUGAAGACGGGAUCCAGCUACUGCAGGCUUUAUCUUUGGUCCAAAUGAGUUCUGAAGGAAGGCAGCGAAGCUGCGGUUUGAGCUUUUGUGGUUUAGGGCAACUAGACGUUUUAAGGUUUUUUCUGUACUGUCUGGUUUCAUGUUGUUGUGUGGCUGCUGACCAGCUUGUACUUGCGUGUACUUCCCUGUCUUUACGUGUCCGAUGGCCUUUUAGCUUGACCUCAAAGUUCAAUAGCAGCAGUUAUAAAAGUUUAUUGGGCUGCAAAUGUACUCAGUCUGCAUUAAUGAUACGGAGCGAGGGCUUCAACCAUAGGCCGUAAGAAAGAGAGAGAAACACCUGUGAAUUUACCAGCCGCCUUCCCUCCUUCCAUAUAUCAGCCUCCCCUGUUGUGUGUGUGAAUGAAGGGAUGAAUAUUGAAUAAACCCAGCUGAACAAUAGGGGCCAGAACAAUAGAAAAUAACUGAACACCAAGCUUCGGGUGAAAAUCAUCCAUCUGAACAAGAGCGGCGGAAGCAAAGAAAUGCUGGCCUCACUUUUGAUUGUCUCUCACUCGGAACUGAUUUUCCAUUUGUCUGUCGCCUUCCGUUGCAGCGGCAGCACCGCGGCUUCUGCGCAUGCUUUUCUGAGGCGUAUUUACACACAUGCGCUACGAGGAGCCGGCGUCCCACAGGGAGCCAUCAGUGGCUCAGGUUUGUUUGAUUGUGCCCCUGUGCCGGUCGCUGUCAGCAGCAGAGUCCGCUCCGUUGCCACUGCCUCUCUUAUUACCAUACCAAUGGGACACCUCAUCUCUAAAGCCGCAAUGUUCUGAUACAAUUAGAUUGGCUCAUCUUCACCAUAGGCUCAUUUCCUUUAAUAAACCUACAUCAUCAUGCCCUCGAGUGGGUGUGAGAUUAUCCCUGUUUUAUCACAUCCUGCUAAAGCGAUAUUACCUGGACAGCGAGAAUAAAAGGCCACGCUGCGACUGAAAUCCGAGGGCUAAUGUUAGAGUUUAUUUGAUCGGGCAGGAGGACGGACGAGGCCAUUAAGUUUAACCCGCCUUAAAUAUAGCACAGUACAAACUGACCUUUGCGUUGACCCUGACUUGCUGCAAAGUGUGUGUGUGUGUGUGUGUGUGUGUGUGUGUGUGUGUGUGUGUGUGUGUGUGUGUGUGUGUGUGUGUGUGUGUGUGUGUGUGUGUGUGUUGUUCUGACCCUGCUGCACCGUGCAACAGCGUCUCCGUGGAGCAGCGGCGGCUGGACUGAGGUCAGUCCGGUAAUAGAGGUUAACUAUGGGCAUAAAUACAGACUCACCGAGAUCACUCUGAUCCAGGAGCACCUUAAUCAAGCCGUGAUGGUGCUCAGGUUAAUAGAAACGUAAAGGAAACAGCGACCCCUCGUCCCGUUUUACCUGCCCUCCGGUUUGUGUCACUAUGAGCAUGUGGACAUGGGUGGGACUGUGGAGAGCGUGGAGUGAUGACAAUAAAAACGACCAUUAGCAACAGAUGGAGCGUUUGUUUUUGUCUUUCCCCUCCACAGACCUUCACCUCAACCUCCCAUCUGUAAAUGAAGUGCCUUUUUGUGUACUCUUAUAAUUGAUUCAUGCAGCAGCCGCUUCGCUAUUUGCCAGAUCCUCGGAGGAAUACAGAGUGUGGUCAGAUUAGCUGCUGUGUUUACCGCCUGCCGGUGUCAGGGACACGGGGAGCAGCGCCUCGGCUGUAACCACCACCAAAAUAUGACUAAUUGAUAAAUGUAAGUACAGUAUAGGCCACUUUGUGGAUGUUUGUCUUGUGAUGUGUUGCCCACAACUGUCUGAUGUGAUGCAUCUGUUCCUUAAUAGCGCGUCUAAAUCAUUUCUGUUCGAUUUUUCGCGUCCUCCCAGGUCUUAUUCCAGCGCCGUGAUGGUAAUGCUACAGUAGUGGAGCAUCAGAUAAAAGCCCCGUUCAGCUGAUGUGUGCAGCUCCCUCUGCGUUUUGUAGGAAGGAAAACAUUAUACAGAGGCAGCAGAAAGGGAUAAAGAGAACAGGGGAGUGAAAGGGACCGAUAACGGCGGAGGAGAGGGAGGUGAAGAGAUAGAAGGAAUGAUAACAGAGCGGCUGCUGUUCCUGUAGCUUAUCUGUAUUCCUCACCAGUGUUUCCCAGCAGAAACAGUGUGUCCACGACUAUAAACAGACUAUUAUCCAAGUGUUUAUCACAGUGCACAUUACCGUUUGCCUCUGUCGGACUUACUGUAAUGGAGUCGUUGGGUUUGAUGGAUGCCUCGGGCGCGGGUUUCUAUCUAUUGCUCUCAUUAUACCUCUGUCUGCAUCCACGGACUGUGGAAAUGUCUGUGUGCACAUUCAGCAUCGCCUGCAAACAUGGUGAUUGAGGUUACGGCCAAUGUAAAUGUACCGUUCUGCCACCGCGAAUUGGAAGUGCAAGAGGCCAGGAGGAAUUCAAGGGGAGGAGAGGACUCAUUACCUCACCUCGUGCGGUGUCCACCGGCUGCAGGGAGACGCUUGGGAACGAGCUUCGCAGACGCAAAUGAAGGCGGAAUGUGUGUCUAUUAAAAUUCCUAAGUUAGAAGCUGGAGCUGUCGUGGGUUUGACCGUGAGGGAUCACACUUUGCCUCACGCCGUGUUAGACAGCGAGUGUUUGUGCAUGUAUGUAUGUGAAUACAAUAAAUGUUACUGCUUCUCUGCACAUUUGUGAACAGUAGUUCCGUCUUCUGGGGCUUGGUUUGUGUGUGGCCUGAAGGAAGUGAAGACACUUGGUCAGACGUCCAAACUGCAGCCACCAGAGACUCUGAGGGAAAGAGGACGCAACUGGUACGCGUCCUCCUCCCUCCGUGUUCCUGUAAACCGGUCCAGAGGUGCAAAGAUGGAUGGAGAGGCAGUGAUUAGCACUGACAUUAUCCAAGAGAGGAAUGGAUGGGGCGAUAAGAGAUGUGGGGUGAGAAAAUGAGAUGGGUUUGCUCUGGACUGAAACGUCUCCAUUUAUCAGUCUAUAUGCUGUGUGUGUGUGUGUGUCGCCUGCUGAACUGUUGAGGUCAUGCUAAACACUCAGCCUCAGCCCCAUGUCCUUGGAGAGGAGAUGAUAAAAUCACACCUGAGAUAAGUGUUACUCCAGCAGUUGACUCUUCCCAGCUCCUCCUACACGCACAUGUGUGUGUGUGUGUGUGUGUGUGUGUGUGUGUGUGUGUGUGUGUGUGUGUGUGUGUGUGUGUGUGUGUGUGUGUGUGUGUGUGUGUGUGUGUGCGUGUGCGUGUGUGCGCGCGUGUGUGUGCGUGAGGCGCUAUCAGUUCGACGAUACCAGAAUUUCCAAGAAACACGGAGUGCUACACAUUUUGAGCCUGUUAAUAUAACGAGCGGCCGAGUUGCUCGGAUGAUGUUACCGGCGUCGGGCGGAGCAGAGUGGCUCAUUAGUUUAAGGUCAACGAUCACUCUCCUGAUUAACUCAUCUCCCUCCUUCCCUCUCCUCCUCACCCCUUACCUCAGCGAUCCUUGCUUCUCUGUUCCCUCUCCCUUCAUCACUAUUCACCAGCUGUCCUCCCAGACCCUAAGCAGGCCAAGGUCCACAUCAUCUUAAUUCAAUUACAGCUGAUAUCAAACUGCAUGUAAUAGAUUAAAUUUAUAUCCUCUACAAUUAAUCU